CUGCGAUCUAGAAAAUGAACCCGAGUUCGACAUUAAAAGUUUGGUUAUUAAAAUCAAUGUGUACAUGGAACUGUAAAGAAUGGGGAAAUUAACUGGAAAAGUUGCAAUUGUAACAGCUUCAUCUGAUGGAAUCGGACUUUCAAUAGCAGAGCGACUUGCUGAAGAUGGUGCUAAAGUUAUGAUAAGUAGUAGGAAACAACAAAAUGUUGACAAAGCCGUAAAAACAUUGAAAGACAAGGGGCUUAAUGUGUCAGGGAUUGUAUGUCACGUGGCGAAGAAAGAACAUAGGCAGAAAAUGAUUGAACAGACGGUGAGUGAAUUUGGUGGGAUCGAUCUGCUUGUUUCAAAUGCAGCAGUAAACCCGAUAUUUGGUCCCAUACUGAAUUCUACAGAAGACGCCUGGGAUAAAAUAUUCGAAGUUAAUGUUAAAGCAACAUUUUUCCUUAUCAAAGAAGUUGUGCCAUACAUGGAAAAAAGAGGGGGUGGAUCAAUCGUCAUUGUUUCUUCAAAUGGUGGCUACUCGCCGUCCGAGCUAAUGGGCGUAUAUUCAACCAGUAAAACUGCAUUGUUUGGACUGACGAAGGCCCUUGUCCCUCAGCUGGCCCGGAUGAACAUACGUGUCAACUGUAUUGCACCGGGACUUAUCAAAACCAGGUUCAGCGAAGCCAUUUGGAAGAAUGAAGCCUCCGACGAGUUUAAGAAAAGCAUCCCGUUAAAAAGAUUUGGGGAGCCAGAUGAAUGUGCAGGGAUUGUUUCUUUCUUUCUGUCCAAAGACGCCUCAUACGUUACUGGUGAGACAAUUGUUGUGUCCGGGGGAACUUCCAGUAGAUUGUGAACAAAGCGCAACACAGGGACUUCGCAUUUCAGCAUUCAAAAGGGAAAAAUAUAAACUAUUCGUCGUGACGUGGAUCCAUUUAUAACGGCAGUUUAACGGUGCACAUAUUUUGAUUACAUGCACUGAAAUGACCAGUAUCAGAUGGUGUUGCUCUAAAAGGACAUCAAACUCAUUAUUGCGCUCAAAGCAGGAAAAAAAAAACAGAAAUCUAAUCUAUAAUACUAUAUUGUACUUCAAAUAUUUUGUGAGGUACGAUAGUAACAUAUUCCGACAAGACCUUACACCAAAUUGCCAAGGCGCUAUGCAAUGGGUGACAAUGUUUUUACUUUCUAAUAAACACCAAAUGUGUGUAUAGCGUUGUUUUUUUUUUUUUUUUUUUUGUUUGUUUGCUUGUUUUUUUUAGAACAGGCAAAAAUGACUGAACUUCUAGUACGUGUAAACUAAAACGUUAACAAUAUAUAUUAAUGUACGAAAUCGAUAAACGGCUGGACAUUUUCUCAAAUAUUGUGAAACACUAUUUGUGAAAUCACAUUUUUAGAAAAUGUUGUAUGUUUUCGUUUUUGCUGAACUGUUAUAUCAACUUAAUUAAUUAAAUAACACAGAAACAGUCUUCUGACGGUAGCUUCAGAUUAAAUCCAAAACUACUUAACAUUGCUUGCUCAAACUGGUGUAUUAUCGGGUGUGUGUGGGGUGGGGAAGUAUGCGAUCCAUUGCCAACAUAAUCGUACUCCGAAUUUCAAAAAUCAGUCAUUCCUUACUGCAAAACGCCUUACAAAGAGUAGUAUCAAGUUAUGCCAAUAUAUUUUAGUGUUAUACUUUAAAAAUUGUUUUAAAGAUAUCCAGUGGCUAUCGUUUGCUAAAAUAUUUUAUAUUCAGAUAUUUACUUCAAAUGUAGAAACAUUGUUAGAUAUUAAAAUUAAUUGUGUACGUAGAGCUACAUUCAUAAUUAAACGUAAUUCAGUUACAGUCGACUAUUUAAAACAACUUUCAGUUUUCUAGUAGAAGUACACAUUUACCUAUAGUGUACAUUUCUUAACCUAAUGCAUAACACUGUUGAUGCACUUAAAGUUGAUUGAUUUUAUGUUUAUAUAAACUAUAUGUAGCAUUUGUUCAUGUUUUAAUAUGAAAUGUGGGUCGACCUAGUAUACCUUUAAUAAAACAUAAAAAGGA